UUUUAAAAAAUUCUUUGGAAUUUAUAUAAAUUUUCCAACUAAAAAUAUCACAAAAAGUUAAAUAAAUAUGUUGUACAUUGUGUAAAAUAGAAAUAAGUGCUUGGAUGUUGGAUUUUUGUUGGAAAUUUUCAGUUUUUCAUGGACGGCGUUGAAGCCAAGAAGAAUUUGCCAAUGAGAAAAUUUUUUCAGAGGAAGGCAACGAAAAGACAACGAUUGAGCGUGUGAGUGAGUAGAUCAAAGUAGAGCUCACUGGCGUCGCGCAAAGCACCGCAUUCUGUCGCCAACAGAGGCAGAAUAGCAGAGGGAAAUAUUUGUUUUAAAAAUAAUAAUAAACAAAAAAAGGUGUGGAUACAAGAGUUUGUGUGCGUGCGUCUGUGCUUGUGGCUACGUGAAAAAGUAAUUGAACUUUAGGCGGCGGAAGCACGGUAGCACGGCGGUAGUGGAGAACAUAAACGGCACGAAAGAUGGCGUCGUCGAUGAUAGCCGCAGCGGCCGCGGCUGCGGCUUCGGCUGCGGAAUCGGCAUCGGCGUCAUCAGCUGCAUUGGCCGAACUGAAAAGAGAAGAAGAUGGAGGAAACGAGGAGGGUGAGGAGGGAAAUGAUGAAGUGGUUAACUCCUCCUUGCGUUCCUGUGCCAAUGAUCCGGACUUUGCGGUGAUUUGUGCAUUUCUACAAAAGUUCUCCAAGGAUUUGGGCAUUGCUUUGCCGAAUUUCAAGCAUUUACAAGAUUGGCUAACAAAUACAGAUGAAGUCUUCGAUCAGUUGCGUGACCUGCACAUUAAACUUUUGCGUAAAACGCGUAAAACUGUGCAUGAGAAAAGCUGGGAGUCGGCGCUAAGCAAGUUCUGUUUCACUUACUCCGCUCAGGAUGCUUGGGAGAUAGAACGUUUUGGCUACAAAAAGUCGAGCUUGAAAGUAAAACUGCGUAUUUUUAGAGAAUUGCUGGAAAGUCAGUUCCAACGCAAUGGAAAAUUUCGCGCUCAAAUACUCACAAUGGGUGCCGACUCGUUACGUUCACAACCAAUCGGUCGUGAUCGACACGGACAUGCAUACUACUUUACACAGGAUGGCGACGGCAAUUUACGCAUCUAUCAGGAACAUUUGGACGAGGACAUAUGGCAAGUUGUCGCCACAACACGCGAAGAACUAGUUAACCUGAUAUCACGAUUGCGCGGCAACGAAGUAGUGUUGCCUUCUACAGAUAUUGGUGUGGAUGAAGACACCAGCAGCAGUAACAGUUGCACAGCUCAGGUGGAGAAACCACCGCCACCAGAAGAACAAGAUGACUCACAGGAGGAGGAAGCGCGUGUACCAAAUUUGCGUAUAAAAUUAUCUAAUAAUGGUAAAUUAACUGUUUCAUCACCAACAACCACUGCUCCGGUCGCAACCAAACGUGCUUUGGAAGAGGUGGAUAAAAGUUCACCGCGCAGUGAAGAGUUAAAUAUAAUCAAAAAAGCGCGUCCUUCGCUUUUAGAUGCCAAUCGCGCCAAAAAACCGAGCAGAUAUGAAAAUACAAAAUCAGAGGGGGAAGAAGAGGAUGAGGAUGACGAUGUCGAUGAUGACGAAGAAGAAUUGUCCAUAGAAGAAGAAGAUAUAGACAGUGCAGCGGCGGAGGAGGAUGAAAAUGAGGAGAAAGAAAUAGAAGACUCUGAUGGUGAUUCGCAUCAAGAGAACGAAGUGGGUGAAGCUAUUGAAGAGCCGCCACUUGUGGUACGUGGCGAGGGAAGUGGUAAGGGCUGCGAAGGUGAAAAUAUCAAUAGCAAAAUUUUUUGCCAUUGCGAUUUUUUUGAAGGUAACUAUACCGAUACGCAACCAGACUGCAUGGUCGGUGAAGAAAUUUCAGAGGAAACACUUUAUGUUUACGGCGAAGGAAGUGGCGCGGAGUGCUUAGUAGGAAAUGGCAAAAGUGAAGCGGAAACAACAGCAGCAACAACUACAACAACUGCUACGACACCUACAAAAACAGACGAGGCAAAAGCGACAUUUUUCUUUGGCGAGCCAGGUUGCCUUAAACUUAGUCCAAUAAAGCAAGCACCCAAGGAUGGGGACAAAGAAGUAGAAAGUGUCGUUGAAGAGGAUUUUGGAAAAGAAGCUGUAUGCACAGAAAUAAAUAAAGAUGAGACAUCCGAGAAGGACAAAGCCGGAAAUGAGGCUGAAAUGGCUGAUGGUGAAAGUGUAAUAGAAAAUAAUAAAGACGGUGGAAAGGAAGAUAGUAAAGAUGUAGCUCCAGCAAAAGUUGAUAAUAGCUUAAAAGCAGCAGCAAUUCCGGAAAUAAACGAACAUUUGACAAAAGUCACCACUAAUGGCGAAGAUGUUGAUUGCGGUGAGAUUUCGCAACAGGAAAAUGGUAAAAUUGAGGUUGAACGUGAUGAGAAGGUAAAUGAAGAAAAUCAGCACGACGAGAAGGUUGAAGUUGCGGCUGUGCCGCAUGAAGAUGUCCGCAAUCAGAAAGAAAAUACUGUAGAACUAAAUAUGCAGGAUAAUACACUGGACCACAACAAAGCAAUAGCAAAAGAAAAUGAUUUAGAAGAUGAAAUAUUAAAGGAAAAACAUAAGGACCAGACAAAUAAUGAAGUGGCUGAACAUUCGGGGAAAGUAAAAGAGAAUAUUUUAGAAGAAAAAAAUAAUGUAGAGAAGGAAGUUGAAGUCAAACCAACCGAAGAAGAAGAGGAACACGCGAAAAAUGUCGCACAUCCUACUGAUAGUGACGACAACACAUCAAAGGAGUCAGCCUAUGAAGAAAAGAAGGACGACAAAAAAGCGAACAGCAGCGCAGAUGUUAAGGAGAAUGAUGUUAAACUUCCCGAAAAAGCUGCUGAGGUAGAUCAGGCAGACAUUGUUGAUAUUGAAGAGGCGAUUAUCGCCGACACAAAGCAAACAGGUGUCGUUGUUGAAAAAAAGAAGGCUGAAGAUGUCAUAAAUAGUGAAGUUGUUGAUACAGAAAAGAAAGAUGGCAUUCUUACUGAGGAGAAGGAUGACUUUCAUAUCGAGAAGGAAGAUGGCUGUCAUAAAGAGAACAAAGAUGACUUUCAUACAGAAAAAGAAGGCGGCGGCAUUGAAACAGACGAAAAGGAAAUUCCCACGCACUCAAGUGAAUUAUUGGCAGAGAAAACCAAUUGUGAAAGUUCAGCUGUCGCAAGUGAGGAUGCAACAAAUCAACCAACAAAUUGUGAAAGAAAAUUAACUGCUUCAGUAAGCGAUAAUAUUGAGGAACCAAUAUUGCCAACACCAAGCAUAAAUAAUAUAGAAAAAAAGACAGACACUGCUAGAGCAAGUCCACCCACAUUGAAUGCCACUAAACCAACUGAGAAGGCUCUUAUUACCACUGUCGUUUCCACAUCCCAUGCUGUAGUCAAUCGUAAACGUCGCCUGGAAGACUUGCCACCGCCGCCCGUACAUCGUUUAUCAACUUCAGAGAGUGAAGUAGAUGUACUUUCGGAGCAGCAAGAAGAACUUGCUACUGAGGAUGACAUCGACCCAGCCGAUGUAGGUGGCAAGCGGCUAAAAAUGCGCCCGAAAAUAACUAACACCGACUUGCGUAAGAAAGUAGAAGCACAGAAGGGUCGCAUUGAAGAGACCACAUCAUCCAGUGGCGAAGAAGAUGCGCGCCGUAGACGAAAAAUUAUAACGCCGCGUCGACAAAUCGAACGCUGUGUGAAAAAUCUCAAGGUGGCGCACGAAGCGGCUGCAAAGAGGGAAAGCAGUCUAGCACAAACAGCAGCGAAAAACGCUACGAGCCCGAUCGUCGCGCCAUUGGUGGAAGAGAAGAGCAUGCCACUUAAUCUGACAAGCCCCACCGCUUUGGCGUUUCCAGUGUUCGCUUCUGCAACAACAACAGCUGCAGUAGCUCCGAUGGUAUCGCCGUUUGCGAGCACAGUGCCAGUAUUGCCAACGCCUGUGGCACAAAUGCCACCGCCGUUAACGCUAGAACGCCCAACACUAGCGCCAACGCCAACAAUUCGCCAGAAGCCAACUCUUGCUGAAAUAAUUGAGAAAAAGUUGAAAAAGAGCAAUGAAAAGACGGCGCCAGCUGCAGUAAUAGUGAAUGCGUCGGUGUCCAACAUUGAAUCAACAAUAACCUCUGCUCUUUCAACAAAAGCAACAACCGAGGAUAGCGAUGGUAAUGCGCUAGCCACAUUUCCGCCUCCAAAAAAGUUGCCCAUAACUAAGCCACUCAAGAAGAAUUUACUUACUCAGAUCAGACAGGAAGAAAGUGAUGAGGACUCAAUACCACGCAAGCGAACAAUCAGCGAUGCCAGCGCCACAGCAGUCACAAGCGAUAUCGUUAAAAAGCUGGAGUCACUGGCCGGUGCUGAGAGCAAAGAAAGGACACCAGAGAGCAAGGUGCUAGAGCGCAAGACACCAGAGCGUAAGCUGCUAGAGCGCAAGACACCAGAGCGUAAGCUGCUAGAGCGCAAGACACCAGAGCGUAAAAUGUUAGAGCGGAAAACGCCAGAGCGGAAGACGCCUGAUCGCAAGAUUCCAGAACGGCAAAAUACUGUACGCCAAACAUCAGAUCGGAAGACACCAGAUCGUCAACGCAAGCGACGUAGUAGUGAGGAAGUGAAGCCAACGACAAGCGCAACCGAGCCUGAAAGUAAUAAAGAAAUGAAAUAUGAAUCGUUAGUGGAACAAGAAACAAAGGAAGAGGUUGCCGUAAAAAAGGAGAAGAGUCCAUCGCCGGCCGAUGCGGGGAAUAGGCAAUCAGAUGCGGCAUUAGUCGGUCGGCGCUCGAGUAGACGCAGUGCUGCGACCGUCAUUUAUGCUGAAUUGCCGCAACCGAAACGCACAAGGGCGGGCGUAAAGACUACGGCGGCAGUCACGCCGAAGAAAGCUGCGGUAAAAGAGGAAAAAGCAAUUGAGCCAACUGCGGAAGUAGCCAAGGUAGUAGAAAGCGACAGAAAGCCAACAACAAUUACUGCAAAGGAAGCGAGCAAGGAAGUAAAAAAGCCCAAGCAAUCGCCUAAGGCGGCAAAAGCAAACAAGAAGGAUGCCAAAAAGGAUACAGCAAGCAGCGCAAUAGAAGAGCCGAAACCUAAAACGGAAAUUAAAAAGGCAGAAACUCCCGCUCCCAGCGGAAAAAUUACAAGUACACCUACAAGACCAGUUGCGCCAGCGACGCCUGCUGCUCAAACUGUUAAAAGCGCAACUUCGCCAACUAAAACCGCAACCCCGGAAAAGAGCGAAACCGAGACUACGCCUGCCUCAGCGCGCGGUCGAGGUGCGCGCCAGCUACUCGAUGUGGACACUACCAAUAUUAUUGAAACUAUUGAUUCUGAGACGCCGGUGCGUCAAUCGCGUCGCAUUGCACAACAAAAAAUACGUGAGGAGGCCGAACGGCGCAAACUCGAGGAGAUUGCACUGCGUACUAUGAAGCAGGAGUUGAAGAAGAAAAAGAAGGCUGAGGCGCAAACAGAUCCCACAGUACUGCCGCCUUCAGAACCAUCGUCAUCUUCAGAAGAGGAGAGCGAAGUGGAAAUGAAGAAGAAAGCCAAAAAGAAGUGUCCGGGCAAAGAUGGCUGGUCGUCGGGUUCCGAGGAGCAAGAAGAGCCAGAAGAAGAUGAUGAGCCGCCUCAGGAAAGUGAUCCCGGCUCUCCGCUUUUCCGUUCCGACCACGAAUUUUCACCCGAAUCCGAUUUGGAGGACGACACUCAGGUGGUACCAAUGAAGCGUGCGCGUACCGCACGCAAAGAAGACGCUGAAGAGGGUGAAGAUGGCGACGAGGAGGCGUGUCAAAAGUGUGGCAAGUCUGAUCAUCCUGAAUGGAUUUUGCUGUGCGAUAACUGCGACAAGGGCUAUCAUUGUUCCUGCCUAUCGCCGGUGCUGUUCUUCAUACCCGAAGGCGAUUGGUAUUGUCCGCCCUGCCAACAGGAGCAGCUGAUUGCCGCUUUAGAGAAACAGCUGAACGAUUUCGAUGAAUUUGUGGAGCAGAAACGCUUGCAGGAAGAGGAGAAUAAGCGCUUGGCGGCCGAAGCAGAGCGUGCCGAGCUAGUGCGUUUGGAGAAUGAGAAGCAACAGUUAAAGGAGUUAAAAGAGCGCAAGAAGCAGAAGAAAAAGGGUAAGCGUCGUUGCGAAAAUGAUAAGGAAGGCGGCGAGGGUGAAAGCGGUGACACCAGCGGCAGUUCGGAUGAGGAUGAUAGCGAGGAAAGAAAUAAGAAGGCCAAAAAGCAUGGUGCAAGUCCAAGUGACGAUGACAGCGAUGACGAUAAGCCGCUGGUGAAGAAGGGCUCAGGCAAAAGCAAGUCGCGUGCGGAAAGCUAUCGAGAUAGUCACAAGCGCAGGCGCGGCGAUGGUCGCAGUCGGCGACGUGCAGCGGCACGCGGUAUCGCCACUCGACGGCGACAACGAAAUACCUCGGAUAGUGGCACCGGUAGCGGCUCAGCUCAUCGAACUGGCAGCGAGAGCGGUGGAUCGCGCAGCGGCACGGGCUCUUCCUCAUCUUCUUCUCUAACCGACAGUGAUAAUGAGCCGAUUUACAAACUACGCAAGCGGCGUCAAAUCAAUGUCAGCUACCGUUUAAACGAGUAUGACGACUUGAUCAAUUCGGCACUCAAGAAGGAAAUGGACGCGCUUGCAGGCGCAGGUAAUUUGGGGCGCGGCAAAGAUAUUUCGACCAUAAUGGAGGCAGAUAAAGAGGAGAAAGCACGACAACAUCAACUUGAAACGGAUGCUGCGGAAGCAGCAAAAAAAGAAGAAAAGAAGGAUGAUGAGGUGAAGGUAGAAGACGCAGAGAACGCAAAAGGCGCAGAAGGCGAAAAGGAGACCCAAGAGAAGGCAGAUGGCACUGACAAAGGAAAGGCAGAGGAGGAUGGCGAAGAAUCCGAUGAAGUGCUCAAACGCAAGGCGAAACCAAAGACGACUAAGACGAAGAAGAAGCCACGUAAAUUGACUACAUUAGACAUAAGUUCCGAAGAGGACAACGCGUCUGAUGAAGAUUUCAAGACCUCUUCCUUUGAAGACGAAGAGGAGGAGGACACAUCAAUAUCUGUGUCCACCGACAGCGAUUCAAGCCUGGAAGUGUUUCGUCGGCGCGGCAAGAAGAACAAAAAGCAACGUAAGGCGGCACGCCGAGCAGUGCGCGAACGGCGUAAGGAUCGACGGUUUGUUGUGGAUGAAAGCGAUGAUGAGGAGGAAGAAGACCGUCCAAAGUCGAAAAAGAAACGAAAAGAUGAUUGGGAUUACAGUGAGUCAGAGACGGAUUCAGAAGCUUCCGAAAAUCUCGAGGACGUUGAUAGCGCUGAUUUGUGCGAUGACACAACAAGCGAAUCAGAUGGCGCCUGGUAUCCGUCGAAGCGUAAGAAGCAACGCAAAGGCGGCAAUAGUACGGUCGUGGCGCGCAAAUCGCCCAAACUGAAGAAACAGCCUGUGAAAAAGGCGAAACGUGUCGAAUAUUCUGACGAUGACGUCAGUGAGAGCGAAGAAGAGGAGGAAGACGACGAGGAUGACAUCACUGGCGGCAAGGGUUCGGGCAAACAGCCACGUUCACAGCCACUGAAAUCCAGCAAUUCUAAUAAGGGUAAAGGCAAGGGUAAGGGCAAAGGAAAGACUACCGCAUCGAAGAAGAAGAAGAAGCAAUCUGACGAUGAAGACAGUUUAUCGGAUAGCGAAGACAGCACUCGUCGCACACGCGGACGUCGCUAUGCCUACUUGGAUGACUUUGACGAUGAGAGCUCCGAUGGCGGCAUAAAACCGGGUGUCAAACGACCAGACACGCCACCCGAGGAGCGUCAAAAGUUCAUACAGAGGCAGGAGGAAAUCAAGCGCAUGCUGGCCGAGAAGAAUGCGGAGGGCGCAAAGUUGGCUGCUACGCCGCGUCUCACACCCAUCAAAGCAGAUGGCGAAAAGGAUAAGCGUUCGCCGACGAAGGCAAGCGAAUCUUUGUCGACUGUACCGCUGUCGGUUAUACGCCAAGCGAAAGCGCUGGAUGCUGAUUAUCUGCAACGUAAAGGCGAAAGUGUCGGCGACUCGGACAAUGUUGAUGAUGUGGAUGCGUUUGACGAUGCCGAUCUACCCGAUGACUUCCCAGAGGACAUGGAUGAGGAUACCAUUGCGCGCAUGGUGGAAGAGGAGGAAGAGUUGAGCGCUGCUGCUGCCGCGCGCGACUUACCGCCCCCAGAUGAAGUGUUGCGUACACCGACAAAACAGACGAGCAAACCCAAAGAAGCGCCUGUUGCGCCAACAGCGCCGGCAGCUGCUGCACCUGCUUCUGCCCCCAUUUCAAAUCUUACAACCAAUACUACCGCAGCUGUUCUAAGUGCUGCUGCUGUUGCUGCCGCAGCCGCUGGGAAGACAUCACUCAUGAAUCCCUCAUUAGCCGCUUUGUCACAGAUGCCCGGCGCCAGCUCAGGGCCUGCGUCGCACCAUAUGUCAUCGAUGCCGUCAGGUCUGCAGGAGCUCACCCGCAGUAAACGCUUGCCGAUGCCGACGCUACAUCCUCCGUUGCUGCGUCAUCAAUUUCCACCACAUAGCGCCAGUAUGCCGCUUGCUCAUCUGCUGCAGCGUCAUCCCACUUCAACGCCGCCUACGCACUUGCUGCAGAGCGCACUUAACGCGCCGCUUGGUCAACCCUUGAACCGUAACAGUUUUCCACCACAGCAUAUGCCGCGUCUACCGGCGGGUGUGACAAUGGAGCAAAUGUUGGCGGCGCAACAUCUUAUGAAUGCUGCUGCGCGCCACAAUCUUCCACCCACAUCACAACCUUUGCCUGGCGCGCACGGCUCGCGUGAUGCAGUUGCAAGCUGUGGGGUUGGCGGUGGCACAGGGCACAACAGCAGCGUUACUUCUGCGCCAGCUGGUGCCGGCGUCAACAAAGCUGAGCCGGAACCAAAGCCGCGCGGUAGACGAAAAAAGAUUACACCUUUGCGGGAUACUUUACAAAAACAGCAAACAGCUGCCGCUGUCACCGCGGCAACGACACAAUCAGAUAAAGCGCCUGAGCCACCAUCCAGCAACGGAAGAGGUGGCAGCGGCGUCGGUGGCGGUGUCAUAAAGUCAGCAGUCUCUGCUUCGGUUAACGCUCCACCACCACCGCAGCUAUACAAACAGCAAGAGGGCGCAGCGCGUUCCAGCGCUAGCUCAGCUGCAGUAUCACAAGCAUCGGUAAUAACGCGCAUGCCGCAACUACCAGCAGCCGCCGCGCAUGCUAGCGUUGUCAGAGCCAUGAGCAACUUGUAUCCGGGUGCUGAUGUUGCGCGCUUCUUUGCGCCACCGACAUCACUGUCAGCUGUUAGUGGCGCACGCCCACCACCUUCAAUGCAACGUCACCGCGAUGCGCCAGGCAUGCCAGGAUUACCGCCACAUGGUAUGCGCCAAAGUUAUGGUCCACCACCACCAUUGCGUGGCAGCGCUUCAGCACUGAGCAAUCAUGGCCAACCGCCACAAGCUGGAGCCGGCGAACGUCCCACAUACCCUGCACCGGGUGAACAUCAUAUGCCUAGCGGUAUGGGUGCUAGUAUGUAUGGUGGACCACCACCACCAGCACGUCAUUCAACGUCACAUCUGAAUCCAUAUCGGCCACCAAUAUACGGCAAUCCUAACUUUGUGCCACGUGGACCACCUGUGCCGCCGAAUUUACGCGUUCCAGUAAGCGGAGGAGGACCCGAGUUUGCGAGUGGCCCACGUACUUAUUCACCAUAUGGUUAUUAUCCACCACCGCCACCAUUGACCACACCACAUGUAUCCCAGCUACAGCGACCACCCACUCCCGCCACAGUAGCUGCCGCCGCAGCAGCAGCAGCAGCGGCGGCAGCGGCAGCAACAUCAAGAGGAGGCCCAUCAGCAACAUCUUCAGCAUCGGCAGCCACUUCCGUAGCGGCAGCAAUUUCAGCAGCAGCAGCUAUUUCAGCGGCAGCAGCCGCAGCAUCAGCAGCAGCAGCAAGCACCAACAACACGAAAACCAUAACAAAAAGCGCAGCAGCAACCAUUUCAAAGCCCAGCUCGGUCAUUGUGUCUGCGCCACCAUCAUUAUCAAGCACAAAUGCUACACGUAACAUUGCCCAAAAGUCGCCAAUACCAACGCCAACAAUAACACAGGCGCCACCAUCAGCGCCACCAGCAACGGCAGCAUCAGCUACACCAAAUUCCACACCCGUUUCCACGCCAGCAACAUCAACCGCUCCAUCAGCACCACCACGACCAAUACCGACACGUGCAAUCGUAACCGAAUCCAUUACGGUGACUGCCGCCCCAGUCGCUGCAAUAGUCAACAACAAAACACCCGUGGUGACUGCAACUGCAGCAGCCACAGCAAUCACGGCGAAUGUUGUAAGCGAGCCACCACAGCCACCCAGAAAGAAACUCACCACACUGGAAACAUAUGCUGCAGCACAAACCAAAUCACCAUUGGUCAUUACCGGCGAAUCAUCGGGUUCGCGCAGCUCACCAGGUGGUAUACAGGGCGAUGGCGGUGAUGAUUCGUCCUCUGCGCAAGGCGCAUCCUCAGCAGCAGCUGCUGCUGGCAGUGGUGAAGGGCAAGCGAGCGAAUUUAGUGGGUUGGUUAGCUACUUUAGCUCGCAGCAUGAUGACUAUAACACAUAACAACACACGCGAACGAAAAUUAAUACAUUGUUGCGCGGAUUUUAGAUGCACGGAAAGUAGUACUUGUGUGCGUUUGUAGAUAUAAGCUACGAAAAUUUUGGGAAAAAGUAGCAGCACUUAUGGCUGGGAGCCGUUAGCAGUUGUAGGCAAAUAUUUUAUGUAUUAUGUAUAUGUAUGUAUGUAAGGUAAUGUCAAGUAGAUUUCAACACCAACAACAUUCAUACAUGCUGAUAUGACGCGGGCACGUUCGUUCAAUAAUGUAGCGCAAGGAAGCAGAAGCCCGAGAUGUUUGCUUAGCUGACAGCAUGUACUUUUUACUUUUAUGUGAGGCUGUCCUCUUCUGCGCGACAUUCGCUCUCGAUUAUUGGCGCGCUUAUCGAAUUCAUUAAAUGUUUAGGCCACUUAUUGGAAAUUUAUUACUGUUUACAUGACUCAGUACAUCACUACAGUUUAUGGAGAGGUAAAUCGAGAAAAGAAAUUUAAUAAAUACAUAUAGUUAAUUAACAUUGUAUACUUAGUAUUAGUGUUAGACUCACUCAUCAAGAAGCAACAAUUGAAACCAGACCGAAAUAUGAACAAAACAAAAAAACGAAAUCACGUUGACAGGCGACACGUAU